ACCAGCUGGUGCUGAAAGAGGAGAAUCAAGAUCCGAAUGAAAUGGAACAGACAGAUCAGUAUGAGAAACACCAUGAUGUCAUAACUGGUGAAAAAGCCACACAGACUAAAACGACUUCCAAACGAAAAAGAGCUCAGAAAACCAAAUCUAACCGCCGUUUCACCUGCCAUCAUUUUGGGAGGAUUUUCGGUGAAAAACAAAAGCUUGAAAUGCAUGAGAGAGUUCACACUGGAGAGAGGCCAUUCCCCUGCCAACAGUGUGGAAAGAGCUUCACUCAACAAGGAGCCCUUAAAAGGCACAUGAGAACUCACUCGGGAGAGAAGCCUUACACCUGCCAACAGUGUGGAAGCAGUUUCAAUCAAAAAGGAGCCCUUAAAAGGCACGUGGGAUCUCACUCGGGAGAGAAGCCAUUUACCUGCCAACAGUGUGGAAACGUUUUCACUCAAAAAGUACACCUUCAAAGUCACAUGAGAACUCACUCGGGAGAGAAGCCUUACACUUGCCGUCAGUGUGGAAAGAGUUAUACUCAGAAAGGCACCCUUGAUUCCCACAUGAGCAUUCACACUGGAGAGAAGCCUUACACAUCCGAACAGUGUGGAAAGAUUUUCCCUGCAAAACAAAACCUUAAAGUCCACAUGAGAGUUCACACUAGAGAGCAGCCUUUCUCUUGCAAGUAUUGUGGGAAGAGUUUCACACAUACAUACACCCUUAGUUACCACAUGAGAAUUCACACUGGAAAGAAGCUGUUCACAUGUGAUCGUUGUGGAAAGAGCCUCGCAACAGAAUUUAGCCUUAAGUGUCACAAGAUCAGGCACACUGGAAAGAAACCCUUCAAAUGUGGUCAGUGUGGAAAGCGUUUCAUACGUAAG